UGUGCGUGUAUGUGUUCGCGGGGCGCCGUCUCAGCCCCGGGAAGAUGGUGGCGGCGGCGGCGGCGACUGAGGCGAGGCUGAGGAGGAGGACGGAGGCAACGGCAGCGCCCGCGGGCAGGAACGGCGGGCCGCGCCGAGACUGGGACGUGACCGGGGCUGGGAGGUCGGGACUAGGGGCCGAGCUGCGCCUCCCGCGGCUGCUGUCCCCGCCGCUCCGGCCGAGGUUGCUGCUGCUGCUGCUCCCACCGCUGCUGCUGCUGCUGCUUCCCGGGGAGGCCGAGGCCGCGGCGGCGGCGGCGGCAGUGUCGGGCUCAGCCGUAGCCGAGGCCAAGGAAUGUGACCGGCCCUGUGUCAACGGCGGCCGCUGCAACCCUGGUACCGGCCAGUGCGUCUGCCCUGCCGGCUGGGUGGGCGAGCAAUGCCAGCACUGCGGGGGCCGCUUCAGGCCAAAUAGAAUAAUGAGACUUCGUUUCAAUCAUUUUGCUACAGAGUGUAGUUGGGACCAUUUAUACGUUUAUGAUGGGGACUCAAUUUAUGCACCUCUAAUUGCUGCCUUUAGUGGCCUCAUUGUUCCUGAGAGAGAUGGCAACGAGACCGUCCCUGAGGUUGUUGCCACAUCAGGUUAUGCCCUGCUGCAUUUUUUUAGUGAUGCUGCUUAUAAUUUGACUGGAUUUAAUAUCACUUACAAUUUUGACAUGUGUCCGAAUAAUUGCUCGGGCCGAGGAGAAUGUAAGAUCAGUAAUACCAGCAACACUGUCGAGUGUGAAUGUUCUGAAAACUGGAAUGGUGAAGCAUGUGACAUUCCUCACUGUACAAGUAACUGUGGUUUUCCUCAUCGAGGCAUCUGCAAUUCAAGUGAUGUCAGAGGAUGCUCCUGCUUCUCAGAGUGGCAGGGUCCUGGAUGUUCAGUUCCUGUACCAGCUAACCAAUCAUUUUGGACUCGAGAGGAAUAUUCUAACUUAAAGCUCCCGAGAGCAUCUCAUAAAGCUGUGGUCAAUGGAAAUAUAAUGUGGGUUAUCGGAGGAUAUAUGUUCAACCACUCAGAUUACAACAUGGUUCUAGCGUAUGACCUUGCUUCUAGGGAGUGGCUUGCACUAAAUCGUUCUGUGAACAAUGUGGUUGUUAGAUAUGGUCAUUCUUUGGCAUUAUACAAGGACAAAAUUUACAUGUAUGGAGGAAAAAUUGAUUCAACAGGGAAUGUGACCAAUGAGUUGAGAGUAUUCCAUAUUCAUAAUGAAUCAUGGGUAUUGUUGACCCCUAAGGCAAAGGAGCAGUAUGCAGUGGUUGGGCACUCGGCACACAUCGUCACACUGAACACUGGCCGAGUGGUCAUGCUGGUCAUCUUUGGUCACUGCCCUCUCUAUGGAUAUAUAAGCAAUGUGCAGGAAUAUGACUUGGAUAAGAACUCAUGGAGUAUAUUGCAGACCCAGGGUGCCCUUGUGCAAGGGGGCUAUGGCCACAGCAGUGUUUAUGACCACAAGACCAGGGCCCUGUACGUUCAUGGUGGCUACAAGGCUUUCAGCGCCAAUAAAUACCGGCUUGCAGAUGAUCUCUACAGAUAUGAUGUGGACACUCAGAUGUGGACCAUUCUUAAGGACAGCCGAUUUUUCCGUUACUUGCACACAGCUGUAAUAGUGAGUGGAAACAUGCUGGUGUUUGGAGGAAACACACAUAAUGACACAUCCAUGAGCCAUGGCGCCAAAUGCUUCUCUUCAGAUUUCAUGGCCUAUGACAUUGGUAACACCAUGUAUGUGUUUGGUGGUUUCAACAGUCUCCUCCUCAGUGACAUCCUGGUGUUCACCUCAGAACAGUGUGAUGCACACAAGAGUGAAGCUGCUUGUUUAGCAGCAGGACCUGGUAUCCGGUGUGUGUGGGACACAGGGUUGUCUCAGUGUAUCUCCUGGGAGUCAACAACUAAAGAACAUGAAGAGAAGUUAAGAUCAGAGUGUUUUUCCAAAACUCCUGACCAGGACAGAUGUGACCAGCACACAGAUUGUUACAGCUGCACGGCCAAUACCAACGACUGCCACUGGUGCAAUGACCACUGUGUCGCUAUGAACCACAGCUGCACGGAAGGCCAGAUCUCCAUUUUCAAGUAUGACAAUUGCCCCAAGGAUAACCCCAUGUACUAUUGUAACAAGAAGACCAGCUGCAGGAGCUGUGCCCUGGACCAGAACUGCCAGUGGGAGCCCCGGAAUCAGGAGUGCAUCGCCCUGCCCGAAAAUAUCUGUGGCAUUGGCUGGCAUUUGGUUGGAAACUCGUGUUUGAAAAUUACUACUGCCAAGGAGACCUAUGACAAUGCCAAAUUGUCCUGUAGGAACCACAAUGCAUUUUUGGCUUCUCUUACAACCCAGAAGAAGGUAGAAUUUGUUCUUAAGCAGCUGCGAAUAAUGCAGUCAUCACAGAGCUUGUCCAAGCUCACCUUAACCCCAUGGGUUGGCCUUCGGAAGAUCAAUGUGUCCUAUUGGUGCUGGGAAGAUAUGUCCCCGUUUACAAAUAGUUUAAUACAGUGGAUGCCAUCUGAGCCCAGUGAUGCUGGAUUCUGUGGCAUCUUGUCAGAACCCAGUACUCGCGGAUUGAAGGCUGCAACCUGCAUCAACCCACUCAAUGGUAGCGUCUGUGAAAGGCCUGCAAACCACAGUGCCAAACAAUGCCGGACGCCAUGUGCCUUGAGGACGGCAUGUGGAGAGUGCACCAGCGGCAGCUCUGAAUGCAUGUGGUGCAGCAACAUGAAGCAGUGUGUGGACUCCAAUGCCUAUGUGGCCUCCUUCCCUUUCGGCCAGUGUAUGGAGUGGUAUACGAUGAGCAGCUGCCCCCCUGAAAAUUGUUCAGGCUACUGUACCUGUAGUCAUUGCUUGGAGCAACCAGGCUGUGGCUGGUGUACUGAUCCCAGCAAUACUGGCAAAGGGAAAUGCAUAGAAGGUUCCUAUAAAGGACCAGUGAAGAUGCCUUCACAGGCCCCUACAGGAAAUUCCUAUCCACAGCCUCUUCUCAAUUCCAGCAUGUGUCUGGAGGACAGCAGGUACAACUGGUCUUUCAUUCACUGUCCAGCCUGCCAAUGCAAUGGCCACAGCAAAUGCAUCAAUCAGAGCAUCUGUGAGAAGUGUGAAAACCUGACCACGGGCAAGCACUGCGAGACCUGCAUAUCUGGCUUCCAUGGUGAUCCCACCAAUGGAGGGAAAUGUCAGCCGUGCAAGUGCAACGGGCACGCGUCGCUGUGCAAUACCAACACUGGCAAGUGCUUCUGUACCACCAAAGGCGUCAAGGGGGACGAGUGCCAGCUGUAUACUCUUCUUAUUGACUAUCAGUUCACUUUUAGCCUGUCCCAGGAAGAUGACCGCUAUUACACAGCCAUCAAUUUUGUGGCUACUCCUGAUGAACAAAACAGGGAUUUGGACAUGUUCAUCAACGCCUCCAAAAACUUCAACCUCAACAUCACGUGGGCUGCCAGCUUCUCAGCUGGAACCCAGGCUGGAGAAGAGAUGCCAGUUGUUUCAAAAACCAACAUUAAGGAGUACAAAGAUAGCUUCUCUAAUGAGAAGUUUGAUUUUCGCAACCACCCAAAUAUCACAUUCUUUGUUUAUGUCAGUAAUUUCACCUGGCCCAUCAAAAUUCAGAUUGCCUUCUCCCAACACAGCAAUUUUAUGGACCUGGUACAGUUCUUCGUGACAUUCUUCAGUUGUUUCCUCUCUUUGCUCCUGGUGGCUGCUGUGGUUUGGAAGAUCAAACAAAGUUGUUGGGCCUCCAGGCGUAGAGAGCAACUUCUUCGUGAGAUGCAACAGAUGGCCAGCCGUCCCUUUGCCUCUGUCAAUGUUGCCUUGGAAACAGAUGAAGAGCCUCCUGAUCUUAUUGGGGGGAGUAUAAAGACUGUCCCCAAACCCAUUGCACUGGAGCCGUGUUUUGGCAACAAAGCCGCUGUCCUCUCUGUGUUUGUGCGGCUCCCUCGAGGCCUGGGUGGAAUCCCUCCUCCUGGGCAGUCAGGUCUUGCCGUGGCCAGCGCCCUGGUGGACAUUUCUCAGCAGAUGCCAAUAGUGUACAAAGAGAAGUCAGGAGCGGUGAGAAACCGGAAGCAGCAGCCCCCUGCACAGCCUGGGACCUGCAUUUGAUGCUGGGGCCAGGGACUCUCCCGCACACGAGCGAGCAAGCGUGUGGCACGCCAGAGCCGUCUGCAGGGGAGGGCGCGGCAGGGGAACGGCUGUGCGGUUCAGGGCAGAAGGCUGGAGACCCUCGAAGCAUCCCACUCACCCGCAUGAUCACAAGCUUUCUUUGACGGUUUCUCCCAUCCGUGUUUCACCAUCUAAUCUUUUACUUUUGCAUAGGAAACACUCGAUUGAAUUACAAGUCCAGGGAUGAGCUGGUUGUUGCUGGAGGGGGCCGGUGUAGAGCCAGUGGAGAACUAGGAGUGACUCAGGUUCACUUGUGGACAGUGUUCUUGGGACUGUCUCAACUGUGCAAAAAACAAAAGACGGAGUGUUUACAAGUAGACAUUAGUCAUCAGUUGUUCUUGAACAUGGUCUUUUAAAAACUAGUCAGAUGAAUUAACUUGUUUUCAUCUGAAGCCUGCUGUCUUUUUUAAAAGAUGUGCUAUUUAUUCUUGCACGAUUUAGGCAGAUCUCUCUCUUCCAGGGAGUAGCUUUUUUCUAGUUGAGACUUAAUAAUGGUCCAUCUCUUUUGAAUCAUAUCAAGCUAGGAUAGAAGGGGGCUAUUUUAAAUGUCAAGGUCAGCUGUUACUUCGAAUGUAAACUGAUGUAGUAGUAGAUAAUUUUUUGUAGCAACGUGAUUAAUUUAGUCUUAAUCCAUUUGAAAUUUUCUCUUCCUUUCUCCCCCUCUCCCCCCUCCUUCUCCCUCUCCACACCUCUCUCUUUCUCUCACAUACACACACACAUACACACACACUAAGUGCCUAGACUUUAAAUAGAUCUAGCAAUUGGAAAGUUAGUAAGCCUAAGUUUUUACAUAAUUGCAUUCCUACAUUCUUGUAAAAUUUAAAUAGCUACCAUUGGCAAUCUGCUCUUUUUCUAAAAUCUAAUUUGCAGCCCAGGAAAGAAUUUUCUCACCCCAAGGAACAUCUGACCUAGCAGCAGGGACUGAGAGGAAAGCAGAAAUGAACUAAUUGUGAAAGCUCCUGUUUUUAUUGUCAAAAAGGACACUGUCAAGAAGGUGCCCCCCAACCCCCACCCCGGUGCCACCCUAACCCUGAAUUUGAUCAGCCCUCUGGCCUCCUCCUGCCAGGGCACCACAGAGGAAGGGACUCGCUCAUGUCAUGUGUCUCCUUGAGCAGAAAAGAGCACGGAGAGCACUCGGGACCCCUGGAUCAAAGAGUGACUGACCGUGUGUUGUUCCUGUAGCCUGCUCCGAGCUCUGGGUCAUUCUCAGGCUGGGUGGAGUCAGAUGCCAGGAGAGGGACAGCCUCCCGUUGUUGGGCACAACUUGCCUAAAGCCUGGAGCAGGACCUGGAGCUGUUGGCCCUCUUUCCCCCAGGAGGGGCCUGGCCCACCAUCCUCCUUCCCAGCCUGAAGUGGCUGUGAGGAGGGCAGCGAAUGCUGACAAGGAUGAAAAGCACAUGGAAUAAAACGGACAAGGAGGGAAAACUGUGUGUCACAUGGAAGAUGACCAAAUUUGAGAGGGUGGGACAGUCCCCUGCUCUUCUCCCACAGGGCACUGCAUGGAUGUUGCGUUUUCCCCAUUUAUGGUGCUCCUCUGUGUUCUGGCGUCAGGCAGCAGACUCCGGGGUCUCUCUUCGGUUUCAAACCGGGAUUCUCGGCAUCACCCUGUUGGCACGGACCUCUGGAUAGCAGUGCUUAAGCUUGUGAAUUUGCAGAAUACUCAAAGGAGCAAAAACUGCAGCAUUUCACCUUUAAAUGGAGUGCCUAGAGAGGGAGCAUUAUCUCUUCCCCAACACUAACCCCACUCCCAUGAAGAUUUGCCUGGAAAGAUAUUUUCAAGGAAAUUGAACCAUAAAACACUGUCUAAUGCACAAAACACCUCUACCUUGAGACUCCGCUCUCAAGAAGCUUCUUUUCCACGUAAUUGUUAAAGAGCAGACGGUUCUAGAAAAGACCCUUCUUAGCGCCUCACAUCCCUGCUCCAGAACACAGCACCCACCAAGAGCCUGCAGUGGACUGGCCCUUGGCCCCUGUGAUGACCGCAGGCCCCUCGGCGAAACGACGGGGGCCCCUGGGGACUUUCCUCCUGCAAGGAAGACCCUCCUUGUCUGUUCAAAGGACCAAUUUUUCCUUGGCCAAAGAAGUCCCUUCCCCAUGUUAGUCCUAUGCCUCGAAAUAACAUGCACCGUGACCCGCAGCCAUCUGGUUAUGUAUUUUUUUUUUUUUCCUAAAAGAUAAUGUUUAUGUUUUAAAAGGAAGGAAGGAGCAAGUGAAGUUUAAUUCUGCUCCAACAGUGGAGAAACAGUUGGAUCCACCUGCUUCUCCUUUGCAGCCAACGGCAAGCAGCUUCCUCCCGGCUCAGGGCAGAAACAGGGAGUGAGUGGCAGGGAGUGAGAGGAGCUCGGCUGAGAGCCGGUCACCAAGCGGGAAUGGGUCGCCAUCCGGUGACCUCGUGUCACAGGAGAGCCUGUGUAUAAAUUAAAAUCAUCGUGAUAACAUUGAUCUUGCACUUGUACAUAACUAUACAGUAGUGUCCAGAAUGUUCAGACAUUCGGGAUGUACAUAAAACAGAAAAAUAUCUUAAUGUAUUUUUAUUAAAUGUAACAAUGUCUGAGUUUCACCUAAGAUGUUUUUGUGCCAUGUACUGGGUAUCCACGUUCUGAGAAGUCUUCUCCUCAGGCCCUGAUCCAUUAAUUACAAAGCCAAGAAGAGCACCCCCAUCGUGUCGAUGUGUUCAAGUGCAUCUGGUACCAAUUAGAUAACGCUUAAAACAGGACUGUGUCGGAACACGUGUGGAAGGCAGGCAGGGGUCUGUUUAAACAGCAGUACUUGAGACUCGGGAAGCAGGAGUCUCUCUGUCACAAGCACGUCUCGAAUCCCUGGCAGCCUCUUGGUACUCUGGGUGACCAGGGAUGACCAGUUUUGUCCUGAGAAACGUUUCUCUUAGUCUUUAAGUUCAAACAGCAUAACCCGUGGAAAUCAGACUUUCCAAAGAGGGGUUCUCCAGGCUGCAUUUCCUUUUUGUAGUUUUGUCUCAAUUUUUAAUGACCAUUUCCCAGAACCAUAGUUUAUUAUCCUGAAAACCAGGGGUGGGAGUGGGGAGGCUAGUUAGUUGCUAAAUAGCUUCCAUUUCCCCAUGGAGAGUUUUACACCCCAUGGAGAGUUUUACACCCCCUGGGCUCCUGUCUACCUCCUGCCACCUCCCUACACACAGCUGGUGGGGGGGGCCUGUGCUUCCCCUCGAGGCCACCUGCAGACAUGGGAGGAGGGUCAGGGGGGACGGCAGCCCAUAGUCUGGGCUGACCCACAGGAAUGCAGCCCCGGACGGACUGCCAGCAAAAGGGAAAUACUGGGAUAUCUGUGGAUGAGGUCCGAGUACAAGACUGGAGACGCGCUGGGAAGUGUGGGGCAGAUGAAAAGCCCAGGGCACUACUGGUAGGAGAGACACCUUUCACGUUCCAGUGCAAAUCUCGCCCCUUCAGCUUAACGGAGUGUAUCGGGGGUGGGGGCUGAUUCACUUCCUUGGGUGAUGGUGUCAUUUUCACGAACACCUUUGAUCCUUCCAUUUAAUUCAUUCAUCCAUUCAUUCAACAAAUAUUUACUAAACACUUACUAACCUAAGCUAAUGCUAGGGUAGUGACCGAGAUGAAAAAGUAGCUUUUUAGAAUUACAACAAAAUCCAACUCCUCACACCCCUGUCGUCCCAGGAGAUCCUUCCUUGUGGUUUCUGUGAGAAUUUUGGCCAUCCGGAGGACCAAACCUGGAAGGCAGCAGUGGCCUCCUGUCUGCGAGGUGUGCCCUGCCUCCCUUCUGAAAUGUUCACUCCGUUUUGACCAAACUCUGCUCCAGCCAUAAAGGUCACCGUGAUGGUGUCUCGAUAGCCAGGCCCACCGAGAGACACUGCCCCUCGAAGAGAGUCGCUCAGACUAGCAGGCACCCUGCCUACAGGAAGAUGCUUUGGAGUGGAGAGGAGAAGUGGCACCUUCUCUUUUAAAGGCAAUAAUGGAAUCGAUUUUCAGUAACUGAAUUUGUGCACAAAACAUUCUAAACACUAGUGAAGCCUGUCUCGUUGAACUAAUUCUGGCUCUGGAAAUGUUUUUGUUUUAUAGUUAUUUACGAUUUUGGUUUUGUUUUUUUUUUGUUGUUUCAUUCGGUUUGGAUUCAAGCUAGUUUGUUAAUAUGUAUAAUUUAGCAUCUAUUGCACUCAUGUAAAUAUGGAGUAAGUAUUGUAAACUAUUUCAUUGCUGGGGAUUGUGGGUGUUAUACAUACAUUUAGGACUGCAAUUUUUUGGUAUUUUUUGUAUUGUAAAAUAACAGCUAAUUUAAGCAGGAACAAGAGAUUAAGGGAGGUCUGUGCAUUUUAAACACAAAUGUGAAGAACUUGUAUAUAAACAAAAGUAAAUACUAUAAUACAAACUUCCUUCUGAAAUAAAAGUAGA